UAGUGUGGAAUGGCUAAAAAACUUUAUUUCGCAUUGCAUCUUAUCUGAAAUUGAUUGAUAAGGUCCGAGUGACAAUAUUCGUUGAAUUUUUACCAAAUGCGCAGUUACGCCAGGUGUGUCACACAAAAAAUUUCAGUUCCAUAAAUGAUUUAGCAAAAAAAUGAAGCGAGUUAAGGAAAGUUCGCAAUCUCGGUAUCAAGUCUGGAGCCCCUGUUUCGGCUUCUUCCUGCAGGGAGCUGUAAAAUCUUUAGCUAUAACGGACGUGGGGAUCCAAAUUGGAAUGCUUGUCUGCAUUACGACCGGAGUUUUAGUCUCUCUUUCCGGAGGUUUAACUACUGGCGUGGAUGAUGGUCCAUUCAAAAAAUUUGUGAAAUAUUUUAUCUACGGCUACUGUUACAUUUAUCACAUCCUGAACAUUCCAUUCUCUAAAUCGCUCUAUUUCUGCGCGGCAUACCUGGAAUUUCUUACCCAACCACCCAGCAAUGCUGGGAGAACACUUGGGACACUUGGGAGAACACUGGAAAAAAUGCUUUGCAUUUGGCCGGAAGAGAAUAGAUGACGCAGCAAAAAUUGAAUUAACAACUAAGAUAAGUACUGUCCAAGGCAUUAUUUCCGGCUAAUUGAAACGGUUGUAGCAAAUCUUGCCAAGAUCAAAUUUCUUAGAAUUUAUCUCAAAAUUUACUUUAUAAUGUUAACUGACUCUGAGUGAAAAAUCUAAGAAAGGUGAUUUUGGCAAGGACCGCUACAGGGGCUCAAAGUCAGGUCGGAUUUUGACGUUUUGGGAAAACAAAUAAUUAAAAAAUAUAUUUUAUAAGUUUUCGUUGUCGUUAACAACUUAUUUUCACUGAAGUUCUGUCCCUCUUCUUAGACUACUUUGAAUAGCCCAAGCCAAUGUAACUAUGUAUGUAUGUCUGGCUGUCCUUAGGCAAAUUGAUAAGUAGGUCUUGUAAAACUUAUCUGAUGGAUUUGUAAUUUUGUUUGCACUAAAUAUACUGAUAUUUCGAAUAAAGCAUUCAGUUAGGAGAUUAA